AAUUGAUCUAAUUAAUAUGUUCCCCACAGGUUUUACCUUUGGCACAGUCAUAUCCAUGCCUAUAACGGGAUGGUUUUGUAAUAGUCCCUUAGGGUGGCCUUCUGCCUUUUACUUUUUUGGCAGUUUAGGAUUGGUUUGGGUUGGAGUUUGGUUGUUCCUAGGCGCCAACAGUCCAUCAGAGCACAAACUGAUAAGGCCCGAAGAAAGAGAUUAUAUCGAGGCUUCCCUCUCAAAGAAAGAAGAACCAAAGGAUGUUCGCACACCAUGGUUGUCUUUCUUAAAAUCGUUACCGUUGUGGUCGCUCUUGUUGACCCAUAUGGCACAAAACUGGGGUUUUUGGACUUUAGUCACUGAAAUUCCUAUCUAUAUCAAUGCCAUGUUUGAUUUGGACAUUUCUUCGGUAUGCUAUUAAUUCAUCACUACAUAGUAUAAAACAAAGUCGCUU